GUCUUCAACCCCAGGAUCCUUUGUCAGCACACUCCAGAUUAAAUACAGGGAGAGAGAGUCCCAAUUUUGUUAGCUGAAAUUGGAAAAGUUUUGAUUUUUCCAAGACUGAUAAAUGUGUAAAUUUGUAAAUAGCAAUGGUGAGGAUGAUUUUAUGGGCCACUGAGAGGAGCCUGAGGGUUAGAAGAGAAAGGAUCAUUGAGGGUUUAGCAGAUUGAGGGAAGCAGAGGGAAUGGCACAGAAGAGGAAGGUGGAGGUGACUACUGAUAUUGAUGAUGAGAGUGAUAGAGUAUUGUACUCUGUUUUCAGAAGUGCUGCUGGUGGCCUCUCUCAUCUCUAUUCUCAAGCACUCAAUCAUCACAAGGUUGCCUUUGAAGCUGGACAGAGACAUGCCCUUGAGAAACUGAAUGAGUGGAUGACAGUGAAGCAUCAAGAAGGAAUGCUGGUCACCACAGCUGAUAUUUCUGCCUAUCUGCAGGCUGUUUACGGAUCCACUGCCUCCAUUUGCAGGUCAGCGUCAUCAUUUUGAGUCAACCCCCCAAAAGGGACUUCAUCAGUUGAAUGAGCUGAACAGUGUAUCACUUCCAACUAAUCCACUCCAUGGCAGGCAGAAUGAGGCGGAUUUGUCUUUCUCUACUUCCCUCACGCAGAGCCAAGAUCGAGACGAAAAUGCAUUUUGUUCUCUUAGUUCAGAAAUGGAGAUUGAAGAAUCUCCUCAUUAAUGGUGAAGGAGUCCUCUCAUUUUCGGUCUCUUUCCUUGUGUUGUUCAUAUUGAUCAUCCAUUUCAUGAGGGCUGAUAGUUCAUCCACCUGCCAUCUUGUCCAGUUUUGCUAGUCAUGAUGUUUGUCUCUCUUCUUUUUAUACAGUCGCAGGUCUUGGUUUCGUUUGUAUUGUGGGUUAAAUCUGAGGAAAUUCAACCCUCAGUUAAGACCAAUGGAUGGUUUACAAACUACAGUUUUUAUAUAUUUAUAGAGAAAACAGAAUGUGUAUUACAUAUUUAUAAAUUACUCAAUAGUUUUGGUUAUAGACUUCAAAAACUCAA